ACUCCUUGUCGAUCGCUGAGCCUGUUGGGGGCUUUGCUAGGAGUGCGCUAACGUGUCAAAGGGGGCAAGUUUAAGGGCGGUUCGAAAUUCAUUUCCCACGGCACUUGGAUGCAUCACGAACGCCUCCAUGGAAACGCCCCGUUGGGCUGGCCCGGGACAUGCCCCAGACACCGGACGUGCAUACAAGUAACUGCCGUAUGUGCACAGUAAAAUUUCCGAAUAUGUGCUAUUCACAAUUGAUAUAUCACUGCUGUGAAUAUGUUUAAGUCUCAUUGGUGACGUUUUGUUGAAAUUUAUCGGGCGCUCGACUGGCAGAAGACGGUUCACACUGAGCAGACUGGUUUCCAUUAAGAAGAGAUGAAGGAGGUGGUGUUGUUGUUGCUGUGUGCCUGUUUCUAUGUCGGGCUUUCAUAUGAUGAGCUAGAGUAUGGGAGCUCAUACACAAUGAGGCUGAGCAGAAGGGCUGAGACUCUCACGUUCAUCCCUUGGCAUAGCAUACAUGUGACGAUCUUGUGGAAACGUGAUGACCCUUCAGCCAGUGAGGACAGUAGGCGGAAAGUGAGGGGUAGUCUCUUUAUGAUCAAUUCUUUGACCCAGCAAGACAGUGGGGCCUACAUCGUGAGAGACACCGAUCACUUGACAUUGUCUGACAAGACCAUUAGAGUUGUGGCACGACAGAUGUCAUUUAGAAAUAAUGAAGGUGAAAGCUUCAGCUUCGACUAUGAUCUGGAACCAACCUCCUGCAACAUUUACUUCAUCCCAGAAGGGGACUCAGUCGAGCACCAGAUAGUUCAUCGUGGAAGGCUACGGCCCAUUCCAAAGUGUUCAGGGUUUCAUCCGUUAGGGGUUUGUGGGGUUUCAAAUACCAACCCCCAGAAGUCAUGCAGCGGGCGCUAUGAGGUCAGAGAUUCAAAGGGCAACGAGGCCUUAGUGGUAACAGUGGAGGUCGAGGGAUCAUCAUCUAUUGAUACCAAAAAAAUUGGACUGGGCUUCGGCAUUUUCUUCACUAUAGUCAGUUGCUGUGGCUGCUUGAAGCGCUGCUGCUGUGGGAAGAGCUCCUCCAAAGAGGAGCAGCCUGAGACUCCUGAUGAGGAGCCUGUGGUGCACUACCACGAGUAUGACCAUGAGCCUGUUGGACCAGGGCAAGAGCAACCCUACCCUGCUCAGCCCUCACACACUCCGGGUGUCCCGCUGAUCCACAAUCCUCCCGCGACAGUACCGCCAGCCUAUUCUGAGAUUUUUUCAUCUCCAGCAGAGCCAACAGUCGCUCCAACCUUCACUCCAACCUUCACUCCAACCGUCCCUGUCCAGUCAGACAGCCAGCCGCGGUUUGAACUGAAGGGGACAUCCUUUUCCUCGGCUCCCCCACUCAGUUCAGACUCUCCCUGCGGUGACGUUUAUACCUCAGAAAAACUCAACUUCCUCUGAAAGCCUUCAUUUUAACAGUUGAACUCGUUUGUUAGUGUGAUUUGUGUGACAGCGUUCAACAUCAGGGAAAGACACUCAUUCAUAAGUGGCUUCAUGAAAUCUCUGCUGGUUGCCUAGCAACUGGUCACAGCCAAGAAAUAGUCUGGCACAUAACCCCCAGGAAAACAGCCGUUUGUUGUUUUUUUUUAUACUUCAUUUUCUUUUAAGUGGAUUCAUCAAAGAAGAUAUAACUAAUUAAUUAGUGAGCUUUAGAGGUGCUGGCAUGCAAAUGUUGAAACCUCUGUACAUUGUCGAGCUAGCUGCUUACCCUUUUCUAGUCUUUAUGCUUAGCUAAGCUGACCUGCUGCUGUUUCUAGCUUCAUAUUUACUGCACAGAUUUGAAAGUAGUGUCAAACUUCUCAAUUAAGGGUGCAAAGUGGAUAAUCACAUUACACAAAAUGCUGGACUUACACCUACACAGAAAGACAUGCAUAGACAAACCUGCUCUUCCACAUACUGCUAUGCUCCUGAUGUUUUACUGUGCCAAAUUUUUAUAACACUUGCUUGAAAAAAACAGAUGGAAUGAACAUUGUGUUUUGUAUCUGCGUCAGUCCCACCUAUUUAUGUUUUACUAUGAAAGGCCUCAUGUGCCGAGCAGAGCUCAAUACUUUGUAGCAAAAGGUCAAGGGUCCAAAGCCAUAGGUAAAAGGUCAUCUUUUAAUGAACAACACAUGCACUCUAAAAUGAGUGACUGCCUUAUUUACAAUAAUCUCAAACUUCAGGAGUCUCAUGUAAGUGUCUUAUCAGUUUUGUAGUACUGUACUGAAACAUUUUCGCACUCCUGCACUGCUGUCAGGGAUACAACAUUUAAUACAGAUUAGUUGGACUUUUCAGGGAAGACACACACACUUAAAGUUGCCUUCUAUUUGCUAAACGCUCUGCAUUUAAAAUCAACAUUAUGUAGAAAUUGGCAUUUUUUGCGAUUCCUUGCACCCCAAGUUUCUGAGUGCAACAUCACUGUUAAUGCCAGGUCUGUAACAAUUUGUCAAACGUAAUGUAGGUGCUAACUACAUACAGCUCAUUAAAUCAUGACAAUGCUGCUGAAGUUACAUUGUGCAGAAACAAGUGAUGGCGGGUGGAGUAGCUAAGACAAAGACAUCGUUCACACUACCCUUUGUGUGCGGGACUCAUGCGGCAAAAUUCUCCACAUUGUCCUCUGUGUGAAAGGUUCAAAUGCAGAAAGGUGGAACGUUUUGCUGCGGCACUGAUUCGCCUCCAGAGGUAGCAUCAGAGCCGCAGCAGAGGCGAGCCGGUGUCAGUUUGAAUGGAUAAGACGGACCCUAACCCAAAGCCUCAUCACUGUGACGGUCAGCCCUCGCAACCAAAGCUUCAGUGUAAUUUCCCCCAGGGAACAGCUUCCCUCCUGUGAGUAAGGGAGUCUGACAGCAUCCUGUUUACUGAUGGCGAUUAUGUAAUUAUGUAAAUUAGAGCGAAAAACAUAACUUUGUCAUUUUAUUGGAUGCAUGAUGGGUUAGGAUCUCAAUCACAACACAUUAUACCUGCAUCCAUAUGAUUAUAAACAGUCAGCGGGUACAUGUAGAUUAGCAUUUGGACACCAGGGGAAAACCACACAGUCAUCAACAUCAUGACGUGUACACGUCUUUGGAUCCGCUCCGCUAGCGUGCUGUAUAAAUUGAGAAACUGGUGCAGCUUCAUGCCGGAGCAGCUUGAUUGUGUGUUAACAAAGAAAUGCAUAGAACUGAAGAGCCUUCACUGCGGAGAUGAUGCAGAGUCUGUGUGAAAAGGACUAUUGACACCAUUCACCCUGUUACAAGACACUGCACCAUCAAAAUGAUUUUGACGCUGUUAUGUUAAGGUCAAAAAGAUACAUAAUGUUGCUGAAACUUCAAAUGAGCUGUAGAUGUUAUAGCUACUGUACUGGAGGAAUAUUUUUAUUUGCUAUUUCACGCACACAUAUCUGAAUGUUCUGAAGUUGUUGUAUAUUAUAUCAUUGUGAUUGCAUGAAAAUAUCAACAGUUUCCUUUUCCUUGUGCAUUGAAAAGUCACCUCUGGACUGCACUUGUGUCAAUUCUGCGCCUUAAAUGCGUUCAUUUAAAAGUCUACUGUGACAUUCUGUAUAUCUUUCAAUACAUUUGUGACUGUUAAACAUUCGAGCCAAUGUAUGCAACAUGUUACUCUCUGCACCACUAAUCAUCGCACUCAAGUUGUAUUUGGAGCUUUGAUAUUUAAGGGAAGUAUAGGUCAGUGAUUUUUAUUUGAACUGUUCAUUUUGCAUAUCUAUGGCAUUUAUGAUGUUAUGUCUAUAGUUGAAUGUAGUUGUUUUUUGUCGCACUAACUGUAACCUUUGAAUGAACAUGAUAUGAGGAGUUGUCAAAUAUUUCUCACCUUGUGUGUCUGUCUUAGUGUAUAUUCACUUUGUGUCAUUAAACUUUAUAAAAUCCUA